GGUAGAGGUUGCAGUGAGCUGUCGUCACGCCACUGCCCUCCAGCCUGAGCGACAAGAGCAAAACUCCAUCUCAGAAAGCUAAGAAAAGAAACCAGUUAGAUGUGGAAUAUGACCAGUGACUUAAGCUGUUUGUCAUCAAGUCAGCUAUAGAUACCUUGGUGAAAGAGUGUGAACAAGUUAAACCUUUUCAUUGAUGAAACCUGAAAUAGCAGUAAUGGCUGUCAUCAUUAUUAUACAUUUUAAAAUAUAUGGUUUUCCCUAUUCUAAAAAGUAUGAUGAAUAUUUUUAAAUUCACAGUCCACUCUUGUGUCAAAUAACCAUUUAGAGGUCUUCAUGGGCUAAAAGUUUUCAAAAUGUUGCUGUAGGAGCCACUGGCAUAGUAAAAAUCGGGAAAUUACCUGGUCAGAUCAGUGUUUCAGAAAGAAUUCUGUUUAUCUCAAAAUAUUCUAUUAUUGUGUUUUUAUCAUAGGAUGCAUUAAAAAUUGGUAAGAAUUUCUUUAUCUUAUUUUUACAACAGUAUCAGUUGACCUACAUUGGGCAGUCUGUAUAAUGAACACACUCGAAAGAUGACAAGUUUGCCAGAGAAGAGAAUGGAGAGUAGAAAAGAAUAAAAGAAAUAAAGCAUGUCAAACUCUGAUACUGGUGCCUCAUUUCUUAAUCUAAAUUCUAAUUAAAUCUUGUUUUAGUAUGAGGACUGCAUCAUAGCUACCAGCCCUCUAGUUCUCAAAGGAAGUAACUGUACAUGGAAUAAAAAGAAACCCCUCCCUUAGAAGUGUUGAUAAAGCAUUUGAAAAACACAUGAACUUUCAUUAAAAGUUAUGGCACCAGCUAUGCAAUCCUUUGAACUAUACAUUUUUAUGUGCCAAAAAAGAUAGUAUCUUUGCUAAAUUGACUGCUAAUUAAUAUAGCUGCUAAUGUGUGAAAUAAUCUAAUAGAUAAUGUAAAUCAUACUAGAUAAUAUAAGUGAAUUCUGUAGUGGUCUUCAGAUACAAUUACAGGUAAAAUUGUGUUUACUAAAGAACAACUUGGAAGGAGGCUUAAGAGGUUGGGCAGGUUAUCCUUUUUGAAUGAGGUAUACGUACUUUUCUAAAAGUUUAAUCGAAUAAGACACUCACAGUUGGACCAUAAAUGGUUUUUGCUUUUUAUAGCAGUGUAGCUCAUGGCCACUUAAUACAGUCAGUUGCCACUACCUUUUCAAUCCUCCUCAUUAAUGCUAGACUAGUUCAUGAAGUGAAUGAGAUAAUAUAACAAUGAUGAACUGAAAGCAUACAGGUCCCAUGCAGUGCCUCACAUUUCAUAAGGUUUUGUUGUAUUAACAUUUCUUAACCUUAAGAAUUGAUGAGAGUAAUACCCUUUCAGAGCCCUACACACAGGGUCCAAUUAUUAGAGCACACUAUGACUGGGUUUAUGUUUAACAGUGGCUGUCCUUCAGAUUCCCUUAGGGAAUCCUCCCAAUGUAGAGAGUUGGGAGAUACCAAUUUUAUUCUUUACUGGACUGGCCAAAUUGCACAAUUAAUUAAGACCUGCUUUAAAAUAGCCUUCACAACCCUUUAAAACCAUGGAAACAUAGUGAAUUUAUUGUCAGGCUGAAAUAGCUACUUUCAUCCAGGUUGGAUUAAUGAGUAUCAGAGUUGUUGCUUUCUGCGUAGAGCACUACUACUCAGAAACAACUCAUUUUCUUGACUGUACUCUGGGUUUUUUAAGUGACGAGGUGCUUUUAAAGAACUGACCUUGUAUAGUAAGUUUAUAUGCAGCUCAGUUUUUUACAUUUUUCUUUAAUUAUGAUUUGUACAUAAAGAAGCAUAAAACAUGUAUACAGUUCAAAGAAUAAUUGUAAAAUGAGCACACAAGUAAACCACGUCCCAGAUCAAGAAAAGUGACCAGCAUUCCAGAAGCCCUUGCCAUGUGCCCCUCCCACAUGACAGCCCUCUUCUCUGGGUGGCUUCUAUCUUUACUUUUGUUAUUUCCUUGCUUCUCUUUGAAAUGUAAUCACUUACAUUUCUGUUGUAAAAUGAUAUAAGUUAGGCUUGCCUGUUUUUGAACUUAGAGGCAUAGAAUCGUAAUGAAUGUUAUGUGCAUUUUUGUGUCUGGUAUCUUUCACUCAGCAUUAGGUUUGUGAGACUACCUACGUUGUUGCUAUCCAGUGCAUUUUUUAAAAAGCCUUUUUUAUAUUUGCCUUUCUCCCUUUUAUACUUAGGACCUCUGUAACUCUAAAUUCUUUUGGAUAUUUCUACUUUGCCUUCUUGGACUUUCUGCUAAAUGAAGAUUAAGACUUGUCUGGACCCAGGUUUCCUGAGCCAACCCGACUGCCACCGGUUUGAUGGCAUUUGUUUAGAUGAGACUACAUCUUUAAGGCUUCCUUGCCCAGUUAAAAAUCUUCCUUUCUCCCAGGCUGGUCCAAAGGUCUGGUCACAUGACUCCAACAGUGACAUCACAUUCUGACCGCCAGGGAACACUGGUGGUUCUUUAGGUGGCGUUUGUUGCCGUGAAAGGCAGAGAAUGCAGCAAGUGCCCUUCUAAAGCACUUCAGACUGGGGCUUCUUUUGUAAAAGCUCCCCAACCUAAAUGACCAAAUGCGGGCUGCCAAGGUUAUUUCUUCCUUGAGGCAGAAAAAAAGAAAACUGUGAUUGAAGAGGACAAGUCGUACAAUGGUGGUGGAAUAGGUUCUUCAAAUAGGAUCAUGGAUUUCUUGGAGGAACCAAUCCCUGGUGUAGGCACCUAUGAUGAUUUCAAUACAAUUGAUUGGGUGAGAGAGAAGUCUCGAGACCGGGAUAGGCACCGAGAGAUUACCAAUAAAAGCAAAGAGUCAACAUGGGCCUUAAUUCACAGCGUGAGUGAUGCUUUUUCCGGCUGGUUGUUGAUGCUCCUUAUUGGGCUUUUAUCAGGUUCAUUAGCUGGUUUGAUAGACAUCUCUGCUCACUGGAUGACAGACUUAAAAGAAGGUAUAUGCACAGGGGGAUUCUGGUUUAACCAUGAACAUUGUUGCUGGAACUCUGAGCAUGUCACCUUUGAAGAGAGAGACAAAUGCCCAGAGUGGAAUAGCUGGUCCCAGCUUAUCAUCAGCACAGAUGAGGGAGCCUUUGCCUACAUAGUCAAUUAUUUCAUGUACGUCCUCUGGGCUCUCCUAUUUGCCUUCCUUGCCGUGUCUCUUGUCAAGGUGUUUGCACCUUAUGCCUGUGGCUCCGGAAUCCCUGAGAUAAAAACUAUCUUGAGUGGUUUCAUUAUUAGGGGCUAUUUGGGUAAGUGGACUCUGGUUAUCAAAACCAUCACCUUGGUGCUGGCAGUGUCAUCUGGCUUGAGCCUGGGCAAAGAGGGCCCUCUAGUGCACGUGGCUUGCUGCUGUGGGAACAUCCUGUGCCACUGCUUCAACAAAUACAGGAAGAAUGAAGCCAAGCGCAGAGAGGUCUUGUCGGCUGCAGCAGCAGCUGGUGUAUCUGUAGCUUUUGGAGCACCUAUAGGUGGAGUAUUAUUCAGCCUUGAAGAGGUCAGCUACUAUUUUCCCCUUAAAACGUUGUGGCGUUCAUUUUUUGCUGCCUUGGUGGCAGCAUUUACUCUACGCUCCAUCAAUCCAUUUGGGAACAGCCGCCUGGUUCUAUUUUAUGUGGAGUUUCACACCCCAUGGCAUCUCUUUGAGCUCGUGCCAUUCGUUCUGCUGGGCAUAUUUGGUGGUCUUUGGGGAGCGCUGUUUAUCCGCACAAACAUUGCCUGGUGUCGGAAGCGAAAGACCACCCAGUUGGGCAAGUAUCCUGUUAUAGAGGUACUCGUCGUGACAGCCAUCACUGCCGUCCUGGCUUUCCCCAAUGAAUACACUCGGAUGAGCACAAGUGAGCUCAUUUCUGAGCUGUUUAAUGACUGUGGCCUUCUGGACUCCUCCAAGCUCUGUGAUUAUGAGAACCGUUUCAACACAAGCAAGGGGGGUGAACUGCCUGACAGACCGGCUGGUGUGGGAGUCUACAGUGCAAUGUGGCAGCUGGCUUUAACACUCAUACUGAAAAUUGUCAUUACUAUAUUCACCUUUGGCAUGAAGAUCCCUUCUGGCCUCUUUAUCCCUAGCAUGGCUGUUGGUGCUAUAGCAGGUCGACUUCUAGGAGUAGGAAUGGAACAACUGGCUUAUUACCACCAGGAAUGGACCGUCUUCAAUAGCUGGUGUAGUCAGGGAGCUGAUUGCAUCACCCCUGGCCUUUAUGCGAUGGUUGGGGCUGCAGCCUGCUUAGGUGGGGUGACUCGGAUGACUGUUUCUCUUGUUGUCAUAAUGUUUGAACUGACUGGUGGCUUAGAAUACAUCGUACCUCUGAUGGCUGCAGCCAUGACAAGCAAGUGGGUGGCAGAUGCUCUUGGGCGGGAGGGCAUCUAUGAUGCCCACAUCCGUCUCAAUGGGUACCCCUUUCUUGAAGCCAAAGAAGAGUUUGCUCAUAAGACCCUGGCAAUGGAUGUGAUGAAACCCCGGAGAAAUGAUCCUUUGUUGACUGUCCUUACUCAGGACAGUAUGACUGUGGAAGAUGUGGAGACCAUAAUCAGUGAAACCACUUACAGUGGCUUCCCAGUGGUGGUAUCCCGGGAGUCCCAAAGACUUGUGGGCUUUGUUCUCCGAAGAGAUCUCAUUAUUUCAAUUGAAAAUGCUAGAAAGAAACAGGAUGGGGUUGUUAGCACUUCCAUCAUUUACUUCACGGAGCAUUCUCCUCCAUUGCCUCCAUACACUCCACCCACUCUGAAGCUUCGGAACAUUCUGGAUCUCAGCCCCUUCACUGUGACUGACCUUACACCCAUGGAGAUUGUAGUGGAUAUUUUCCGAAAGCUGGGACUGCGGCAGUGCCUGGUUACACACAACGGGCGAUUGCUUGGAAUCAUUACCAAAAAGGAUGUGUUAAAGCAUAUAGCACAGAUGGCGAACCAAGAUCCUGAUUCCAUUCUCUUCAACUAGAAUCACAGACAUAGGGUUCUGGAUGUAAAGCAGGAAGACAGACCAUGGAUAUGUUUUAUUAACCGGGUACCCAAAACACAUUUUCCAUAUUUGGAUGGUGAAGUCAUGUUAGUGUGUUGUCUCUUUCCUACAAGUUAACCAAUUGCACUACAUAAUCUCUGGAAAUUAAUUUUCUCUUUAGGAGAAAUUACAGGUAGGCUUCCAUGAUGUUAUGUUAGGAAGAUUUCAUGAAAGAAUAAUUAAGAUUGGUGUGGUUUAAUUAUAUUUGUUUUUUUAAAGAUUUUUUUUAACUUAAAAAGUAGUUAGCCAAUAUGCAAUCACUGAAAACUAUGCAAGAAAAAUUGGAACCGUCCUGACCUAUAGCUUGUAGGAAACUGAUGAAAAAGUCACUCUUUUGGGAUCUGUUAUUACUGGAAGAUGAAGUGUAAACUAAGGGGCUUUGCUUUUCAAACCAGAGAAAGAAAAGCCAGAAGGAAAAGAGGAAUGGUAUUUUCUAGACUGUGAAGAUUCAGUUCAAAUGUUAUCCUUAUUCCUGUUACAAUAUUUAGCAUUAUUAGUUUGUUAUGUGUGUAUGUUUAUGUUAAUUUUAAUUUCUAAUCAUAAGACAAUGCUGCUUUGGUUAAUCUCUUCUAAAGAAUUUAGAGAGAUUGACUUUUAUAGCUUGCUUGUUCCUGGUACCCUUUUGAAGUGCACAAAGAUAAGUUACAGAGCUUUCUCCUUGUCUGCAGAAAGGGUAAUUUUCCAGGUGGUAUUUGUUAGCUAGUAGACAAGGACUUUGCCAAGAAUUUGUUAGUAGCAAGGAAUGAUUUCCUCCAGCUUCCUUGAAAUGAAUAAUUAGUAAACUUCUAAGCAAAGUCAAUGACUAGCAGUUUUACAUUUUUUUGUGAGGUCCUAAUUAAUUCUCUUACCCAGAUGCCGCCUCCAUGAAUGAUGGUGCUUUAGGCUUCUGGAAUAUGUAAGAACAGUAAAGGGAACCAAGUCUAGACUGCAUGCUGGUAAACCAGCGAAGAUUUAGAACUGCAUCUGCAUCCUCAUGCAUUCCUUUGUAGAGACCACCAGUACUAAAAUAACUGGACACUCAUUGCACCUCACAGCGAUAAAUACAUAUAACAGGCCAGUGUGUUGUCCCCAUGAACAUGAAUUAGGCUUGGGAUACUUCCAGAUAUAUUCAAGGCGUUGGAACAGGAUAGGCAGCUGUGACUCCCUCGAGAGUCCUUAGAAUUCUAAAUAAAAUGCAAAGCCAUCCUAAGAGCCAGCAGUAUGGAUAAGGCCUGUUAACACCAAAGGUGCUUGUAUCCAAUUGAAAAGGUGCCUGUCUCCAUUUCAUACCAUCUUUAUUGCAGUUAAAAAGAAAAUCACACUCUAGGGACACUUAGUGGAAUUACAGAGCCACCAUCAUCAUUCCAACCACUAUUUCGUUUUCUGUAGUUUUACCUAUGAGCAAUUACUCCCCCUCCAUUCUGUUCCCCUUCUUACUCCUUAGUACUGAAUCCUCUGUUUGGGAUCGAGCGCUGCUCCUAGUUAAUCAUUACUAUUGCAAAAAAAUAACUCCCAGGGCUAGUUAAAUUGUAAACCAAGGCGCAUCAGUCUCGCAACACAUGAACCAGAGGUGACACACAGCUAUUUUCUUUGCCAUGUGGCCCAGUUGCUGCUGCCGUGCCUCCAUUUCCACACUGGUUGCCUGUGGCAGUGAGAUUUCACUGCCGGGGUAAGAGUUCAACCUGGAUCAUUUUUUAUCUCUGUUCCUAGCACUUCCCACCAUCCUUGCAGCCCAGAAUCAGCGGUCAUUCUACAUAGUCCCACCAACCCUCUACCCCCAAACACUUCAGUGUACCUCAUUUUAAGAGUUGCUGAUCUCUGAAUCUAGGAUGUUUUUACCCCUAGUUCUUAACUUUCCAAAAUCUGAAAUUAUUUUUUUCCUCAGAACUGGGUAGCCAUUUUUUAUUUUAUAUUUAUCUUUAAAAUAAUCAAAUGAGUCACUAGAGUUUCUCCUUGUGAGUAUAUCACUUUAGCAUUUUAAUGAAAAAGAAAAAAACUCUCUGGGGUACAUUGUAUCAUAGUCAUGGCUCAGUAACCACAUAUUUUGUCCUCUCCAUGCCACUGAUUCCUUCAUAUGAGACUAUUUGCCUGACUACUCUGUAUGUUGUGUAGAAAUCAAAGCUCUUAUCUGUACAUUUCUGGUCCAAUACCUGUCUUAUUAGUUGUCCUUCCCCACUAAAGUUUGCAAAACAGAAAAUGUUACUAUUUCUGGUAUUUAAUGACAAUGAAAGGUUUGGUUGUAUUUCAUAGUGCAGUAGUGAUAAGGAGGGUGUCUUAAGUUUGUCUUUGUUUUUCUUCUAGGCUCUGUUCUUGAUUUUAGACAGAUGAGCCAGUGUUAAGGUGCUACUUCAGAGAAUAAAUUCGAGAAAUCAGAUAACACUGUGCCAAGGUAUACUUUGUAGAUGCUAAGCACCGAUUGGCCCUCCAGAGAAUGACAAUAUCCCUUUGUUACCUCACUCCUGAUCCAUCUCAUUCAUUAACCUCAGCUUCUCAGGAAUCCUUGUAGCUUGUAUGCUAGAAGUAGCUAUAGUAUAUGGUAUCUACUAUAUGUCCAAUCCUAUGGUUUGGCUCAAAGGUUGGCUAAUUGUGGCUAGAGCUCUCUACUAGACUGCUAGCUCAGCACCUUGGCACUCUAACUUUCUUGUCUUGAGGAAAAGGAAAAUGUUUUUUCUGCCAUUGCCACUUUAACAGUUGGACAUGCUUCCGCAACAAACACAGCCAGUAGAGGGAGGACUGUCAGCAGCGGCAAAUGGCCACAUACCUCAAUGGCAAAACACUAGAUGGUUUGGGAUUUAAAAAUUAAUGAGACGAGACUAUUUUGGUAUUAAAUGAGAAAAUUGUCUGACACAAGGGAAGGGUUUACAAAAGAAUGCCUAUUAGUGCUUCAACAGAGUUAGGAUUUUCCAAGGAAGAGUAGCUGAUAGACAUCCAGCCAUAAAAGGAAUGAGAGUCUAUAGAUUUGUAAAAGUCAAACUGCUAUAUUUUGUGUCUUCAGAUCUUCAAUUUAAAGAAUUCAAAGAACCUGAAAUAGUUAAAAUGCAUGAUUCAUUAUAUUGGAGGGGAAAAGCAGGGGACUGAUAAUACAAAAUGGCAAGUUUAAAAAUCAUUUCUACUUGGAUGUUUGGUUAGAAACAUAUUCCGAUCCUCCACUCUUUCUCUGGCCACGGCAUCCUGGCUCAGCCCAGCUGUUGAGUAGAGGUGGUAAGAUCCACAGAACAGAUAUCCUCUGGUAGAUAAGCUGACAUUGAUGAUACUUUGAAUUUGCCAGCUGGUGGAGCAAACAAUUAAUUUGUGAUUAAACUGAAAAACAAUUGAAUUGUUUUUGCACCAAAGGCUGAAUCUAAACCCUUUACAGGAAGAGCAGAGCAUAGUAUACAUCUCCUAGCAGAUCUUCAAUUCUGUUUGAACAUAAGAGUGAUAAAGUAACCGGGGCUUAGUGAGCUCUAAGGCCAUGAAGUAAUUCACAACCAAGAUCUUGUGAACCCAUUGAGGCGUGAGGGAGGGCAAAUAUGUUUUGAGAAACGUAGUAUGCAAUGGAGUCCAUUAUAGAAAUUAACCACUGCUGUAUGUUUUAAUUAGUUCAAUCACGUGUUGCGGUUCAAUCUUGAUUCUCAUUUAUUUUGUUAGGUGAUGGAUAGGAAGAUGUACUUGUUAUCCCACAGUAUCUCUUGUUUUUGUUUUUAAAAAAAUGAACAGUGCAAUCUUUGAAAUUACGUUUUUAAUAAUGAUAGCGAAGACAAUGGUGAGAACUUGAAACAGCCAGCAUAUUUUAUAUUGUAUAUUGCCAAAGUACUUACUAAUGACUGACCACACUGUCUUGUGAAGAACUGGGUCCCCUACACUGGAUCAGAACCAACUGCAGGCCACCCAUCAGUUCAGAGAAAAAAAGAGAACAUCUUUUGGGUGGUCCAUAGAACAUUGAGCUCUUAAAAACCCUGAGAAAAAUUAGGAAUUUAGAAAGUAAGUGGGAGGCAGAAUAUUGAGUCCUUUUUUAAAAAGAAAUUAGAUGUCAAAAUAUGUGGUGUGAACUUAAAUGUCCUAAAGCCUUGAUUUUUUCUUUCUUUUUUUUUUUUUGGAGACAGACUCUCACUCUGUCACCAGACUGAAGUGCAGUGCUGCAGUCUCAGCUCAUUGCAACCUCUGCCUCCCGGAUUCAAGCAAUCCCCUGCCUCAGCCUCCCAAGUAGCUGGGACUACAGGCGCCUGCCACCACACCCGGCUAAUUUUUGUAUUUUUAGUAGAGACGGGAUUUUACCAUGUUGGCCAGGAUGGUCUUGAUCUCCUGACCUCAUGAUCCGCCCGCCUCGGCCUCCCAAAGUGCUGGGAUCACAGGCGUGAGCCACUGUGCCCAGCCAAAUCUUGAUUUUUUUUAGCCACCUCUGGGAUUUCCUGGGUUCCCUUUGGAUAAUAAACUAAGAGUUUAUUCUCCAGGCCAUGGAAAAAGCCCUGCUAAGAAAAUAUUUGAGUGGUGCAAGAUGAUGGAAGGAAAACCAUCCCACACCCCUAUAACAUAUAUUCUGGCAUUUAUAAACUGCUUGAUCAUGGGCCUCAAGGGCAGAAAAAGUUACGUAAUCCUCCAAAGACCAGAUUUUCUAAGCAAAUGAGUGGUUCAAAGCAAUGUUUGUCUCAAGGGUAGUCUAGUUUCAUGGAUAGGGCCGACCCAAGACAUCUGCUCAUGAAGAAAUGUGGCAUCUGUUGCCAUUUCCCAAACUCUAUGGUUUAGCUAGUCUUGAAUUUUGAUAGCAAUUUUUAAAAAAUGUGUAUUUUUGCCUCCUAGUAUGUCCUUAUUAUAUAUUGAAAGAAAAAGUGAGAGUUCCUCAGAUCAGAGCUCAGGAGCUGUGUCAAUUUGAAGUUCAACCAGUGUAGUGGUCCUGGGGUGAUCACUGACUUUGGUUUGUUUCAAAUUUCAGUUGCUUGCUCCAAGAAGAGAAGUUCUGAGAACAAUGGGUGUUAGCAACUUGAAGUUACUCCCCAAAUGUUUACUGGCCAUAUUCUCAUUUCUAAACAUCUGGAGCUGGGUAAAGGUUUGAAUAGAUGUAGAGAACAAAAUUGCUUUUUCUAUGGUGUAGUCUAAUUUUGACAAAUCACCCAAGAAAGUAUCUGACGGUUUGCAUUUCUUGGAUGGGACCUAUCAGGUCACCCAGCCCAAUCUUGCAGUCAUAAAUUCCUACCUCUUAGUUCCUGCCAAAAGGCCUUCAGCCUCUGUGUGUACACUCAUUGAAUGAAUGCUUUGCCUAAAGUUUGGGCUUUUGAAGAAAACAGCAUGUGAUAAUAUAAAAAUAUGAGAGUUAAAAGAAAAAAAGAUCUCUGCCUCUCCUACCUCUCCCUUGUCCCAACCUGCUCUCUGCCUCGUUCUCUUUCCCUCUCCCCACCAUGCCCUGAAUUCACAUUUCUCUUUGUUUUUUUACAGGCAUGUUGUUUUGAAUGUGGACUUUGGGGGAGGGAGAGGAUUGUUCUGAGACCAGAAAAUGGAAGAUACUUCUGAGUUGAUGGGACCAACAGGGCCUUGCUUCUCUGUGAGGGCCAAAGCCGUUGAUACUUGUCAGGGGUGUUGAGGGCUUUAGCAUCUCAAGGCAGACAUAUGAAGUAUUUACUGCUAAACUGUAUUAUCUACUAGUCCAAAUCUGUUGGAAUUCAGGAGCAGUCUAAGAUUUGCUGAGUGAAAUGCCAUCUGGCAAAAUCAAGAAGAGGGUAUGGCCUGAGAGGGGAAUGUUCAGCCUCACUAUCACAUUAAGGGUACCUCAAAAUACAUGGUCCUUCCAGUGUGUUCCUUUUCCUUCCUCCAUUUCACUUUGUCCCCUCUUCUUCCUUUCUCUCCCAUUGUCCUGCCUUUUUAGCACUCAGCUUUUUAUAUACAUAUGUAUUUACUUUUUUAUUAUAUAUUUGGUCCUUUAGGACUAUGUGAUGAUUAAGAAUUUAUUCCAUUCAAGAUUUUAAAAUGAUGUGUUUCAUAUUUUGUUCUCUUAAACUGUCUUUUGAAGCUAUGCUGCUAACCAGGUACAGGCCAGAAAGGAGGUGGCCCUGUCAAUACCUUGGUCAUGUGAGCUAAGGGGGACAGUGAUGUCACGUGGGCGAGACUCUUCUUCAUUUGACCAAGGCCAGCCUCCUACUGUUACCUCUGCCCAUUCAUUUCUGACUGUGGGAAAACUACCACCCAUUGGGUGAGCCAAUGAGACCAGGAAGAUCAGAGGGGCCGGGUUCCAGCCCAUGGGCCACUAUUUGAAUCUCUCUGUAGUACGCUCAUUUGUAGGGCUGGCUCCAACUGCAGUAGCCAAAGAAAACCUAUCUGACUCGACAUUUUACUGCCUGAGAGUUGGCGAAAGUUCAGCAGUAACUAGGCAUCCAGAAAGUAGCUUCAACCAAAGCUAACAGAGCCCAAGUUUCCACAGGAAGUUUGGUGCUGAGCUGUCCAGAGCAGUUAUGUAUCUGAGUGUUGCCAGCCCUUAGCCAUGCUUUCUUAGCUUUAUUCUCGCCUGUUCCUAGGCAUAGCCUGAACCAGAGCUAUGGCUCACUGCACACUUUAUUCUACUCCCUAGUCAUGCGGAACAACAUAGUCUAAAAAGGAGGAUGUGGACUGGGGAGAUGGGAGACCUGGUUUGUAUUCCCUAUGCUUCUACUAACUAGCCUCGAGAUCUUAACCGCUCUGUGCCUCAGUGUUCCCAUCUGCAAAUGGGGAUAGUGUUAAUUGCCCUACCUACCUCACAGGGUUGUUGUGAGGAUAAACUGAGACAAUGAAUUAAAAGAACUUUGACAAGUAAGUGCUAUGCAAAUUGUAAGAAAUGGAAACAAUCAUGUUAAAGGCAAUGGAAUGGACAUUGGCAGAAGGGUCAAUGGAUCGUCCAGCCCUUUCUCUGUGUGGCUGAAACCCAGGUCGCCAUUGCUUUAUACAUUUUCACUUAGCACAGAUUUGUAAUUAUGCAUGUAAUAAAGCACAGCCUUAUCCAC